AUUUAGGUUAUAUAUUUAUAGUUAUUAUUAAACCAUUUCAAGAUGUCAAAAGAUAUUUCACCACAUUUGAAACAAGGCGAUGCUUUUCCCAAGAAAACAAAAGGUACACUUCGGCUUUACAGCAUGCAGUAUUGCCCAUAUGCAAUGAGAGCUCGUUUGAUGCUAGCAAAGAAAAAUGUAGAACAUGAAGUUGUUAAUAUUCAUCUCCGAAAUAAGCCAACAUGGUUUCUGGAAAAGUAUCCAGUCGGAACGGUUCCAGUGAUCGAAAAAGAUGACAGACUUCUUGGAGGAUCCCUCGUAAUUGCAGAAUUUAUAGAUGAAGUUUAUUCAAAACCAGGUCAGCGACUGCUUCCACAGGAUUCUUACGAAAAAGCGAGAAUUAAAAUGCUGAUUGACGAUACAUUCUCAAAGGCAAUCACGUCGAUUUACCAAGCUAUUGGGAAAAGAGAAAACUGGGAAGAAAGCUUUUACCCGCGCGUUGGUGAGCUGGAAAAAGUUCUUGAAGCUAACAAAUAUUUUGGUGGGAAAGCAAUUGGAUAUGCCGAUUAUAUGAUCUAUCCAUGGCUCAGACUUCUUGGUCUUCACGGUAUGGACAACGUUUUAUCUGCUGGAAAAUUUCCAAAAUUGGGACAAUGGUUAAAAGAAGUUGCCCAAGAUGAAACAAUUAAAAAAUGUGAUACCAAGCCAGAAAUUCUCAGCAAAUUUUUGAAUGGUUACUUGACCGGGAAUUUUGUUUAUGAUUUAGAGAUCUAAUCAAAAUCUUACAUUUAGUUCCAUACACGCAUACUUU